CUCCGGUUCAGGCGCUCUCUUUCUCCCAACCACCUCUGUUUUCUUCUCGGCUGCUUGUGGAGCGGGAAGCCUCCGGAGCGUUUUCAGGUCUGCGGCCUGGCUGAGGCGCCGUCCGAGGCCCUGCUACUCCGAGCGGCGGCGGCGGCGGCCGGCACCAGAACGGCCGCCGUCGCGGCGCUCCCAAAAUGUCGCAGACAGCCAUGUCCGAAACCUACGAUUUUCUGUUUAAAUUUUUGGUCAUUGGAAACGCUGGGACUGGCAAAUCUUGUUUGCUUCAUCAAUUUAUUGAAAAGAAAUUCAAAGAUGACUCAAAUCAUACUAUAGGAGUGGAGUUUGGUUCAAAGAUAAUAAAUGUAGGAGGCAAAUAUGUUAAACUACAGAUAUGGGAUACAGCAGGACAAGAACGAUUCAGGUCUGUAACACGAAGCUACUACAGAGGUGCUGCAGGUGCCUUACUUGUUUAUGACAUCACAAGUCGAGAAACCUACAAUGCACUUACUAACUGGCUGACAGACGCAAGAAUGCUAGCAAGUCAGAACAUUGUAAUAAUACUAUGUGGAAACAAAAAGGAUCUUGAUGGAGAUCGAGAAGUCACUUUCUUAGAAGCAUCUAGGUUUGCCCAAGAAAAUGAGUUGAUGUUCUUGGAAACAAGUGCACUGACAGGGGAGAAUGUUGAAGAAGCCUUUGUCCAGUGUGCAAGAAAAAUACUUAAUAAAAUUGAGUCAGGUGAACUGGAUCCAGAAAGGAUGGGCUCAGGAAUUCAAUAUGGAGAUGCUGCAUUGAGACAGCUGAGGUCUCCACGAAGAGCACAAGCUCAAAGUGUUCAAGAAUGUGGCUGUUAGACACAACGAAGAAACAAAACACUCACUGUAGGAAGAAAGGCUGUCCUUACAAAUGAUGUUAAAUGAAUCAACUGCCAUAGCUUCAAGACUCUGCAUCUGUAGAACUCCUUUUUGAUUGAACAAAGCAGACCAUAUUGGUUUUUUCUUUUUUUUAAAGUACUGUUGAGUGGCUUCCAGAAGUGUGCAUUUCACACUGCAAGACUGCAAAAAGAAAAUCUGGUAAUUCGGUGGACAUUACUAAGACUAAAAUACCUGUAUGUAAAUGUUUUCAGUUGAGUAUUCUUGUUCAUUACCUCCAGUUUCAACAUUACUGUAUCAUGUGUACAUAAAAUAUCACCAUUAAAUCUCCAAAGCAUGAUAUACUGAUACAAUAUUGCACUAACAGCUGUUUGUUUUUUAAAUGACUAAAAUUUUAAGGGCAAUAGGCUUUAUCAUGUUUUGGGUUUGUUUUUUGUACAAUAGCUUCUAUUUAUGAGUUGACAUUGAAUGCUACUGGCAUUGACUGUCAGUGAUUUAUUUGCCACAUUCUACAAGGUGCUUACACAAUUUAUUUUUUGGAAAACAGGUCAUAAGUUUAAUCUGCCAUGUUGAAAAAAAUAUUUUUUUUUACUGAAGCAUAGCUGUCCUGAUUCUUGACAGUUGUUAAAUGUAUUUCAGUCACUUUGUUAAACAUGGGCUAAAAAUGCAGGUAUAAACUCUGAGAGCUUACUGCUGUCUAAUCUUGCCUUGAGGAAGUCCUAUUUUCUACAUCCUAGAUUGUAACCAAGAUUGUAUGUUUUGGGUAAAAAUAAUGCCUACUUGUUUGCCAUUCUAGAGCAGUGUUUGAAGUGAUCCACAAUUAUCUGAUUUUUUUAAUUAAAGUAAUUUCUAUAUGUAA